AUGCCAACUCAGUCCGAUGAGGACUGUGCCAACCCUUUGCUUCUAAAAUGGGUAAAGGAGUGGUGGGACAUGGCCCGAGAGCGCAAUACCAAGGGCAUCAUAACAUACAAGCAUGCCUAUGACUCGCUCAAGGCCUGUCCGAUCGCUUUCGAGCACCCAGCAUCGCUGGUGCAAUUGAGGGGCUUUGGCCCAAAACUAUGCGAGCGCCUGACUGAAAAGCUCAGGCAGUACUGCGAAGAAAAUGGCUUGCCUAUGCCCCCUCAUCCGAUGACAAAGCGGAAGCGAGAUCAGCGGACAGUACCCCCCGAUCUCCUGAACGAUGGUAUCGACCAAGAUGACGGAGCUCCGCAGCCCAAAAAGCAAAGGAAACAAAGGGCAUAUGUUCCAGCCUACCGGUCCGGUGCAUAUGCCAUCCUCAUGGCCCUCUCCGGCAUAGACCAGCAUGCUGGGAUGACCAAGUCUCAGUUGAUUGAAGCAGCCCAGCCAUACUGCGACGCAUCCUUUACGACACCAUCCGACCCGACGAAAUUCUAUACCGCAUGGAAUUCGAUGAAAGUACUCCAGCAGAAAGAGCUUGUCUAUGAGAAAGGCCGACCGCUGAAGAAGUAUUGUUUGACGGAUGAAGGCUGGGAGAUUGCUAUGAAAAUUCGCGAGACGGAUGUCCCGAAAGCUGGUAGUAACGGAACAUCCGCCGGUGCGACAUCUACUGCAACCUCCAGUGCUGCGGCAGCAAGCACAUCAGCAAAGGCGACAGCGAGCUCAUCGAAGAGCUUGUCAAACAGCGGGAGGACACCAGCAGUACUCUCAACACUACCGAAAUAUGAGCCUCCGACCCUUCCGCCCAAACCCGAGGUUAUUGACCUCGAUGGAGACGAUGAAGACAUAAGGUCGGUAAAAAAAGAAGGCAUGAGCGAGUAUUUCAACGUCGUCAAAAACGGCACAACCGUCCCUACAGACUCCGAACUACCCCGAUUCACCCCCAUCCGGCUGAUGCCUGGUACGUUCACAGUCGAACUACUCCUCGACGUGCGCGAAAUCAGGGCUGUCUCAGACAGGGAUUACAUGCAACAAGAGCUAGCAAAGUUGGGUGUAAAGACAACAGUCCGCUCUCUCGAAUUGGGCGACGCCCUCUGGAUAGCCCGCUGUAAACAGCCCGGGUGGCUCUCUAGGGAAGGCGCCGAGGGAGACGAGGUUGUAUUGGACUGGAUUGUUGAGCGUAAGCGUCUCGAUGACUUGAUUGAGUCUAUCAAGGACGGGCGGUUCCACGAGCAAAAGUUUCGACUGCGCCGGUCUGGUAUUCAGAACGUCAUUUACAUCGUGGAAGAGAUUACCAUGGAUCCGACACACUUUCAGAAAUAUGAGGAAGCGGUCGAGUCGGCUAUAGCGUCCAUGCAGGUGGUUAACGGCUAUUUUCUGAAGCGGACGCAAAAGAUGGACGAAACGAUUCGCUACUUGGCGGAUAUGACAAAGAUGCUGAAGCAGCUCUAUGAGAGCAAGCCCCUCCAUGUAAUACCGACUGCCGUUUUAACGACCAAGAACUACUUGCCACUGAUGAAGCACCUGCGGCAGACACAACCAUCCCUGAGUCACCACAUCAGCUACCCAGCUUUUAUGUCAUUAGCAUCGAAGUCUGAGAACAUGAUGCUUCGGGACCUGUUUCUGAAAAUGCUCAUGUGCACCAAGGGCUUGACAGGCGAAAAAGCGAUUGAAAUCCAAAAAGUCUGGAAGACGCCUUACAACUUCGUGAAGGCAUUUGAGCGGUGUGGUCAAGGCGAGGAUGGAAAGCAACGCAGAGAAGAAAUGGUUAUGACACGGUUGAGCCAUCUUGUUGGGAGAAAGAAGAUCUCCAAAGGUCUAAGCCAAAUGAUUUCGGCAACCUGGGGAGAGUAA